AUGGCUCUUGUGAAUCCUCCGACCUGGCCUGAUGUUUCUCACAAUAUUCAUAGUGCACGGCAUUUCAGUUGGACCGCAGGUUUUCCAUAUCUAUCACGUCCCGAUGCUCAUGCCGGUUCUCCCAGUUUAUACGACAUCAAGUCGUCUCCAAGUCUGGAAUACUUGCCUCUCGAUGGCGUAAACGCUCUCGCUGCCUCAGACAGGGCCGGUACCGAGUACACAGCUCCUAGGAGGGUAGCCAAUCCAGAGGUCGCAUCUUCUGGUUCACAAACACACAUCGGUCUCUCCAAAGAACUUUCGUAUAAAACUCCAUGUUCCGGCAAUAAACAUCCUCGACGACCUUUUCACAAAUGGAUGAGAUCUCUGCACCGGCGAGUCAGUCAUAGAGACCACGAAGGGGCAAUAUGGCCUGCUGAUGCGGGAUGGCAAUACCUCGAGUCCAAUCAAUCUUAUCAACAAUCACUCAACCACAAACUAAGCCGUCGGCUUUCAUCUUCUGGAUCCUCGCUUGGUUUGAUUGCUGCAGUUCAAAGCGCCAGUAUUAGCCUCGCUAGUGGCAGUGCUGUCUCGCGCUCACGCCGACAUCAUGGUCGCUCGCGUUGCCGUUCCCGGGCUGAGCAAAGUAGCCGAGCUUCUUUGUCUGCCCCACGAUUCUCUGAGGACAGUAUUCCAUUGGAAAAGGGGAAUGUAGACGUCGCCGAGAUGCACCGCUCAAUACGGCGCCGACAAAUCCUAGAAGAGCUCAUAAGUACGGAGGAAGGCUACAUCGGUGAUGUUCGCUUCCUUAUCCAUACUUAUAUCAACAUGCUUGCUGCUCUUCCUACUUUGCCUGAACGACUACGGUCAUCCAUCAACCAUAACCUGGACCGCAUCCUUCAGCUACACGAAGAGAUAUUAGGCGAAUUGCACAGAAUAGUUCCUGACUCCGAGUACAGUCAAGCCGAUCAUCUCACUGCUUCUUUCAAGGUGACCAGCCCCAAAACAGGACAUCGUUGGUGGGGCAGUUUGGACGUACUUCCUGAGGACCAGGUCAGCCUUCAGAGGCUCGAAAGGGAGCCUGGUAUAUUUUCUGAGCCUCAGGUAGCAGCAGAAGUAGCUAAAGUUUUUAGCAAGAGAAUGCAUCAAUUCUUUGUGUAUAGGGAAUAUGGCGCAAAGUAUGAGACAAUGAUCAAGGACGUCACCUCAGCUCUUGAUAGUCUUCCUGAGUGGGAAGCUCAUCAAAAGGGUCUUGAAGCGUUUGCAUUCACUAUUGGGGCCGCCCCAUCGUCUAAUGAUAGGAAGUCACUUACUAUAGGGGACCUUCUUGUCAAGCCCAUUCAAAGGGUUUGCAGAUACCCCCUUUUAUUUGCGGAGUUGUUGAAAUGUACUCCCGUCAUCGAUUGCCCGAAUUCUCAUAUGGAAGUUGAAACUGCGUUGAUGAGGCUUCGUGAAGCUACAUCCGCGAUCAAUCAUUCGACCGAAGACAAUCUAAUGAAGGAUACUCUUGAAAAGACUUGGUUACUACAAGAUCGUAUUGUCUUUCCCAACAGGGUGGGUUUUACUGAUGCUCUAUCGUCCCAUGCAGUUAACACUCGAUUAGAGACUAGACGCGAACUCGAAAAAUCAAGUGCGCUCGUUUGGACACAUACAGUUGUGUGGGGUCCUGCAUGUCUGUUGGCAGACAUCAACAGGUGUCGAUGGCCAAUAUAUGAUCUGCUUGCUCUACAAAGACGUUCUCUGUCUUGCCUGUGGUGGGAGGUCGAUAAUGGGCGAGGCCUACAAUGCCAUUUGGCGCCUUUCUCGUGGAAAUUGGUCUUUAAAAUUGAUCACCAGCUAUAUGAAGUUGUCAUGACGGCUUGCACAUCCAAGGAGGAACGCGAAUGGCGAAGUCGACUGUCCCAACCAACUAGUUCAGAUGCAAGUACAAGAGCUCCGGGUCUCAAUCUAUUUCUUUCAAUUGAUAUUAUGAGUUUGGGUGCUGUCUUUGGGCGGCCAGGGACUAUUGCACGAAGCUUGUCGACUCAUCGUAUCUCAGCUAGAGAGUUUGAGUCGUCUGCCCUUCACUUCAUACUCAAAAACACGUGUGCUGCGAGGUCUAGUAAUCCUGCCUGUGCAGGGGCUGGACUGGAUCGUUCGCAAUCGUUGUUGACGACGAAGAAAUCGAGAACUCCAGUCCUGGUGCCAUCUCGAAGUGAAAGGGCUCGGCUCGAGAUACUUGUCGCAGACGUCUGGAGCCACGGCGUCCUUCCACUUCCUAGCAUGACGAACGUCGCGCGGAAUGAGCAGGCGAUCAGACGGUCGGCAUCGACAGUAAUGAGGAAAUUGAGCGUAUCAAGCAUGGCCAGGCGAUCAGGAAGUGUGAAACGCAAAAUUGUCGAAGACCUAUCAAGCGAAGAACAAGCUCAUCACAACAGCAUCGAAAGUGAUAGUGGUGUUGAUGUGUUCGAUAAGAAUUUGCGUGAAGGAAGCUCACAUUCUUAUACGACAAGAAGCUCUCUUUCCCCGGAGACCCAAGAACUCGGGGAGGAGUGUCAGAUUCCCGAUACUCAAUCUCCUAGACUCGAGCUUACACAAAUAUCCGAACUUGAACCUCUUGACUUGAUAGGAAUCAUAUCAAAGAAGCAGCUCCAGAGUGGAUCAGGAGGAGCGACAGCUAGAAGGGAGCACAUGGUUAACAAGCUCCCAACAAAAUCACCACGCACACAGGCAAAAGAAAACAGUCCUCUCAGGAAAGACAGUUCUGCCUUUUGGAUGAAUAGGGGAGUCCAGAUCAAGGAUACUUCAUGGAUGGAAACACAAAGGCCAUAUGGUGGGAAAAAGCACACCGGCAUUCGUAGGUUCUUCCAUUGA